AUGCCGGAUCCUGAGAAGCAGGAAGCGCAAGAAGCAACUGUCGAAGAGGCUGCAAGCACCUCAAGGAAGGAUGAACCAACCAGCUCUCGGCCCACUCGGGUGACGCGCCGGAACAGCAAGCAGAGCGUUCCGGAAUCGACGAGUGCAGCGAAUAGACAAGUACUUGCUCCUCGUUCUACCCCAUCAAUCGACAAUCAGAAGAACAACUCUACCGAGUCGAACCCGGCAAGGGCGUUAAAGAGGAAGCGCGCCGACUUGAACGAAACGAAAAACAAUUCCCCGGCGCCAGUGGAUGCCGAGGAUACAAAUAGCGGCGAUGUCCCUGAUGAGGAAGCGAGGGAGCGCCGCGGGCCACUCACUGAACAUUUGUUGGAGAAUUCGAAGGGAAAGAUCCGAGUUGGUUCUGAGCAUCAGGCGCUACUUGGGAUCGAGAGCAAAGUGGAUCGUGAAUUUUACACCGAUAGGGAUGAACGAGAUGACAAGCUUUGGAUUCCACCGACGGAAAAAGCCGCUGAUUUCGACGACCAAAUGACGCUUUACCUGGAAGAGGCAUGGGCGCGAAACAAGAUUCCGCCGGAUAGGGCUAUGUAUAUCCUCUACAAGUGUGGCUACGAUUACGAGAAAGCGAUCAAGGAACUCGAUUCCCGGAUUUACGUGGAAGAUCACUGGUCCGGAGAUGAUCGACUGAUAUUUUAUCAACUCUUCGGGCGCUAUGGAAAGCGUUUCGAUCUGAUCCAGCGAUCGCUUCCACACCGCAGUAUCCAUUCGAUUGUCGAUCAUUACUACGAGACGAAACGGAUGAGCAAUUAUAAGGGGGCCUAUCGUAGCCGAAUCGAGCAAGAAGACGAUGAUGAUGAUGAUGAAGCGGCGGACAACGAGUUUGGAAGCUGCGAGAAUUGCGGGGAGCGCCAGACGAAGAUCAGCUAUGUGGCUGCAGGGCGCCUUUGUAUGCCUUGUCGUAUCUAUCACAGUGUGGCGCAUCAACAUCGUCCAACAACCGGAAAUCGACCCCGCUUCCAGCACCAUGUCCCGAAAUGCCCAUCCGACAUGCUCGGCGUCAUCCAAGUUUUUGAAGAAAUGGCCGGCCUAUAUGCCAGCGAGGCAAAUCAACCACAGUCGCAUGCUGCUGUCGUACAAUCGCUCGAAAAUAUGAUCCAGCAACGCUCCAGCGACAUCAAAACCAAGAUUUUCAAAGUGCGCGCGGAAGUCCAGACUGAACACCAAAAAAUCGAGAAGUUAAAGGAGUGCUUGCAAGGCGGUGUCGACAAAUACCGUCACUAUGUCGUCAAAGAGCAAGAGGACGAAAAUAAGACUAAACGGGCGCGCUUCAGCAACCAAUGGACACCAAAGGAACGAAUGAUCGCUAUUCAUUGCCUGGCCCGAUACGGCAAUGAUAACCCAGAAGCUGUGGCCCGUGUGAUUGGCACCAAACGGAAGGAGCACGUUGAGGCUUUUUAUAGCGAAAAUCGCGAUCAGUUGGAGGAUUACUUGCAAAAGGUCGAGCGUCAAGAGGAGAAACGGGGGCGUAAUCUAGAUCACACAAAGGAGAUUUUCCCGAACGGCCUGAAGGUGGAAGACACGAAGCCAUCG